AAGGAGGAAACCAUUUUGGUCAGCUGGAACGUUGUGUUCUGCACGUAGACGUCAAACUGCGCGCUCACAUCAGCUGUGUGUGUGUGUGUGUGUGUGUGUGUGUGUGUGUGUGUGUGUGUGUGUGUGUGUGUGUGUGUGUGUGUGUGCGAGUGUUAGAGAGAGAGAGAGAGAGAGAGAGAGAGAGAGAGAGACGGGGGGGUGCAUGUUCUUCACAUGAAAACGGAGAUGUGACGGUCGCUGCUCAGAGGAAGGUGUUUACUUUUUUCUAUUCCCUUUCCAACCCGCGGACAGACGGACGGAGGGUUAUGUUCUUCAAAAGCCGGUACAUCACACUACCGCUGGCGCACAUCACAUCACAGCUUGGGGUCUAUUGGUCCAGAGCAGCGGAGAGUCAGCCUGUGACGCUGCCGGUGCACCUAUCCGCGAGGGGGAUCUCUGACACCUGACGGCUCCCAUCUCUGGACACGCGCCGGGUCUUUCCCAUCACGACCACUUCGGCUCUGCAGUGCGGGAUCUGCUGCGUUUUAUGGAAGCGGAGUCUUCGCACACUGUCGUGGUCAUGCUGCCGCCGAAGAACUGCCUGCCCAGGAACUACAGCUGCAUCGCUGGACUGUUCGGGAGCCUGGCGGCGGCCAACCCGCGACUCGAGGAUGGGGACGAUUUGGAAAUAAUGAACGGCACCUGCGAGCCCAUCGAGGCCACCGUCGUGGACGAGAGACCGCGGGGCAGGGAGAUCUUCCUGAAGCCUCCACAGAGUCCCAGCCUGCGUCGGAGGUGCAAGUCGCUGCCCACGCCCACGGAGAGGGCGAAGUUGGAGAUCUCCCGCAGCAGGAGUCCUACCAGCGAGAAAAAGGUCCGGUUCGCAGACUCCCUGGGUCUGGAGCUCAUCUCGGUGAAGCACUUCGACGACACGGACGAGCCGGAGGUGCCGGAGCGCAUACUGGCCAAACUCCCCAAAGGACCCCUGCACCCCAAUCACAUGGAGACCAAAUUCCCCCGGGGCCCGUCGCAGUCUGUGUUCAUGGAGUUGCAGUUCACCAACCCGGGCACGCUGCCGGGCUUCGAGCAGAAAGUGAGGGAGGUGAAAGUCAUGCUGGAGAGCGUGGAGGCGGACGAGUUCAGCCUCUCCGGGUUCGUGCGCGUGUUGAACCUGGCCUUCGAGAAGAGCGUGCACCUGCGCUACUCUCUGAACAACUGGAUAACGUUCAUGGACAGCCUGGCGUCCUACGUCCCCAGCUCCAGCGACGGUGUCACCGACCAGUUCCGCUUCAAGAUCGUCACGCCCACCUACCUUGACAGCGGAGGCACGCUGCAGUUCGCCAUCAAGUACUGUGUCGGCGGGCAGGAGUUCUGGGACAAUAACAACGGGAACAACUACAAAGUGCGGCGUCACCGGUUCAAGAUGUCCCCGCCGAGGGAGUGGGAGAACGGGUGGAUUCACUUCAUCUGAGCUCUGUGGUCUGCAGUGGGCACACUGCGUGCGUAAUUCUUUGCGCGUAAUUGAUCCCCGGGUACCUUAACUCUGACUGUAGCCUGUUAAAGAUUAUUUUUGUUCAGCCAUUGUCAGUUACACACUGAAAAACGACUUCCCACUGUAAAUCGAAUAUUUUUGGUAGCAGCUUGAGUGUAUUGAGCCCGUGGAUGUAGGUGCCUGAUUGUGGGACGCUGUGAGAUAAUUUGCCUUGAUGUCAGGGCGCUGUACAGCUUGGUGCCCUUUGGGAGGGCAUGUUCACGUUACGUAAUGUGGAGACACGUGCCACGGAAACAAAAAACGUGCCGGGCAAUGCCGACCUCUGGCAUCACUGUUGCUUAUUCGAGAGAUUUGUACAGUGGUGUUGGGGGGAAUAUUUAAAUGAUCGGUUAUUGGUUUUGCAUGUGCGCAAAAACGUCGGCUUAAGGUGGAGAAUGAAGCAUCACAUCUCGGCUGAUGUGAUCUGUAGGCUGAGGGGGGGACACGCGUAGCUGAGACGACAGCUUCAUUCAUUCAAGAAAUUCAGUGUUUAAUUUUCCACUAUCAUGGUCGUGAAAAUGCCUUAUUUUGAAGCCAUGAUGUGGGACUUGUGCAUUGAAUGUUGUGCAGUAUUUUUCUCCCGCAGACUUGAACAGAUGAUCAGAUUGUCAUCAUCAUCACGCUUCUAUACUAAAAAUAAGGCCUACAGGCAGUGAGAAUGAGUUAGUGUCCAUUACCUGUGGCCUUCCAAUCCAGGGACAUUAUACUCAACCAUGAAUCCUCCUCUCAUCCAUACAUUUGCACCAACUGUACAUUUUGUACUAGUUGUAAACAAAAAAAAAGUGUCAAAGUGUUUUGACAGAUUCUGAAAUCAUGGGGCCCUCACUAAAAUCAGAAGAUGAUGAAUGCUUUUCCUUCAAAAGGUCUCCCCAAAUUAAAACUGCAUCAUUCAUAUUCCAUCAAAUCAUGACAGCUAUACUGUACUGUGAUGGGCAGCUUCUGGGGGUUUUUUUUCUCUCUUUUUUUUCUGAAUGAACCUCUUCAACACGGUUGUUGUCCCCCCACCCACAAGGAAAAUAAAUCUAGUAGCUGUUUCAAGGCUACAUUUACCUCAGAUGACUGGACUUUUCUUCAGGUUGAUCGCUAUUUUCACAGCAUUCUUUUUUUUUUAUUAUUCUAACGCAGAAAAGUGUUCACUCAUUUCUGAUGGCCUGAUCUCACUGUGUAACUCGAGUUUUAUUCAGAGCAGUAGACAAAGUAGCAGAACUGUCGCACCAAUGACUGUGUGUUUAACCGGCUCCCCUCCUCAGUCACCACUGUGCAAACCUCGUGCUGCUCCUCACACCCCAAGUGUAUUGAACCACGUGACUGGCUGACACAAGCCUAACCAUGGCAAACUGUUGCUGACUGCAUCAUUUCUGUACCAUGAGCCUUUAUGUAUGUUACUCUCACGGUCCUCUCCAGACGUCAGCUGACGUUUCAUCCAUACGUUCUUUUAUUAAUUCAUUCUUCCAGACGUGCCCUCAAUCACUUUGUGUCAUUAAACGCAGUGUUUAUGGCAAACCGGCUUGCAUGUUGUAGGCAAAUGAUUUUUUCCUAAAUGCAGGCUCUGUUUUUUCACUGUAGAAAGCUGAGACUCCAUCUGAGCGAGCAGAGGAGCGGGCAGGCGGGGCUGCGUUUAAUUCCAGCGCUCUGCCCUGCAAUCUGAACAUCGCUCUGUCCUUUGUUUACAUCAGAGGGAGGGAGGCUCUCCGUUUAAUGAGGCCAUCAGGUGGGGAUGUGGAUAAAGGCUAUUCCUGUAACCACUUAGGUUUUUUGGAGCAGCUCCACUGUGAGUCCAUCAGCGGUGUUUAUCUCUGACUCUGACACAUUACAAAACAGUUCUGCUGCGGUGGGUCGAGACCGGCGCCGAGUUGAUAUUUUGCUUGCGCCACAUGUGUCACGUACAGAGCCGCGUUCCCUCUCACGUGUUCCUUUUGAAUGCACCGUGGAUGUGAACAGGUCCGGCCAUCGCAGAGCUUAUGCCGUGUGUUAUGUUGUUAGAUCAGUGGCAUACUGUCCCGCUUUUGGUCUGUGUGCAAUUUGUUGAAGCGCCCAUGCUGUGCAAUACCAGAAAACAUUCAUUGUCCAGGCUGAGACUACCGAUUUUGGGUACAAAGAGAUGCACCAAUAAAAGUCAGUCGCUGCCAACACAGACUUCACCAUCACCAUUUUUGUUUUAACAUUUAACAGGAGGUUUGCGAUUGCCUGACACAGAUGACAACAUGAAUAUGAUGCUUUUGAACCGGCGCCGCUGAUGUUAUUGGUGCAUCCCUGCCACGAGGAAAAAAAUGAAGGGCUUCUGGUCUGAUCUUCACCUCAAUGUAAAACAUGGCUUUUUGCAGCAGAACUCACUGAUAUAUAGAUGUCUAUGUAAAUGUGUAAAUGUUCCAUAUUGAAUGUCUUCCUAUUACGGUUCUAUGUUGUGUGUAUUUUGGAGCAUCUUUAGAGCAGAACUGGGGGACGUGAAAGGGGGAAAGUUUGCCAUGCGAUGUGAAAGUUGAAGGACGAAUUACGAGGCCAAACUAAAGCACACUUAUUAUUCAAUGAGAUAAUCGCGCUUUUCUUCCGAAAUUGUUUUUUAAAAAUCGUCAAAUUGGUAACACUUGUGAGCAUUUGGUCUCAAAGUGAUGUUGCAGACUUUAUCCCUGAAAUAUGAACUAUGUAGCAACAUGUGAGCAGCGUUUUCUGAAAUUAAUAUAUUAGAAACCGCCUGUAGAUGUAAACUGCCUUACUCAAAUAUGAGAUUCGAUGACGAGAGACGUGAAGCACAGAUGGAAAAAGGCAAGUGAGCGUUGUUUUGGAAAUAGAGUGACUUCAGAUGGAUGGAAACAUGAGGACCAUAGAAAAAUGACGAAGGCUCAUAUCUGGGCAAGAUAGAUAAUGUAAAAUGCACUUUGGUAUCUAAUAAGUUUUAUCAAGAGCGACUUAUGAUUGUAGCGAACAGACUGAUUCAAAGCAGGUCUAAUGCACUUUGAGUGAGAACGCAGAAAGGGGCAGAAAGUCACUAUAAAUAUGAAAGCUUCUCCUGUGAAUAGCUACUAACUGAAGGUGUUUUCAAUUCUUUGUUCUGUUUGACUUCUCUUUUCUCUCACUGUGGAAAGCCUAAUUCACUUCUGUCUUAUUUCUAAACAUUGUAACGCUGAAUUUAUUUAGGUGAUUUUUCUUUUUGUAAAUCCUAUGCAACCUCUUUUGUGUUGUAGCAUCUGCAGUCACCUGACUGUGUUAAUCUCCACUGUGUGCUGUCCAGGUUUAAUUUCUCUCUUUACAGUGAAUGUUAACCAUGUUUGCAUGUACAGCUCUAUCAUACCAUUACAUUAUAUGUUCAGUUUUUAAUGUAACCAAUAUUUUUGUUAAAACGAUUAAUAAAGGCAUUUGUGAUG